CAUGAAAACUACUUUUCUGAAAUGGGUUGGUAUUUUAAAUGCAGGGAAGCUGCGGAUCUUGUUGGGCAUUCAGCACAACUGGAGCUGUUGAAGGAGCAAACUUUAUUGCAACCGGGAAGCUUCUGAGCCUUAGCGAACAGCAGCUCAUAGACUGCGAUCACACGUGCGACACAGUGGAGAAGGAUGCAUGCAAUAACGGGUGCAAUGGCGGUCUAAUGACAAAUUCCUACAAGUACUUAAUGCAAGCAGGUGGCUUACAAGAGGAUAAGUCUUAUCCUUACACUGGAAAACAAGGUGAAUGCAGGUUCAACAAGAGUAAAGUUGCCGUUCGAGUCACAAAUUUCACCAACAUACCUCUUGACGAAGACCAGAUCAUGGCCAAUCUAGUCCAUCAUGGUCCUCUCGCAGUAGGAUUGAAUGCAGCUUUCAUGCAGACAUAUGUUCGAGGUGUCUCAUGCCCAUUGAUCUGCUUCAAGCGGUGGUUGAACCAUGGGGUGCUGCUGGUUGGAUAUGGAGCUAGAGGAUUCUCCAUUCUGAGGCUUGGGUACCGACCAUACUGGAUCAUAAAGAACUCAUGGGGAAAGCAGUGGGGAGAAAAUGGAUAUUAUCGACUAUGCAGAGGCCACAACAUUUGCGGAAUCGAUAGCAUGGCCUCUGCAGUGGCAGCAACAUUGGCCACAGAAACUGGUUAGAAGUGUAUCUUCGUGUUUAUUUUAGAAGCACGAACUUACGUGACACUAAUAGUAUGCUGCAGCAAACAAUGUUCGCUUUGUAUAUAUUUGUUGUUUUGUUGUUACAAGUAACGUAGUUCAGCUAGAAAUCUAAUAUAGUACUCGUGCAUCAAUGAACCUAUCUGUCUAGAGGAGUGCCAACCAGCUCACAGAGAGAGGCAAAUUUAAAAGAG